AGGCCUGUCUUGGCAGGAGAACGUGUCCCUGGCCGACAUCCUCUCGCUGCGGGACAGCGGCCUCAGCGAGCAGGAGGCCUGGGCCGUGUGCCUGGAGUGCAGCCUGUCCAUGAGGAGCGUCGCCCACUCGGCCAUCUUCCAGACCCUCUGCAUCACGCCUGACACCCUGGCUUUCAACACCAGCGGGAACGUGUGCUUCAUGGAGCAGCUCAGUGAUGACCCUGAGGGCGCCUUUGUCCCCCCGGAGUUCGACGUGACUGGGAACACCUUCGAGGCUCACAUCUACUCUCUGGGGGCCACACUGAAGGUGGCCCUCGAGUAUGUGACAGAGCCAGAGCCGGAGCCCAGGCUGAGUCACGACCUGGAGGCGCUGCUGGGCCAGAUGCAGGCGGAGGACCCCAGGGACCGGCCCGACCUCGAGAGCAUCAUAGCACUGUGCAAAGAGAAGAUGCAGUUCACGUCCUCCUGCCGCCUGUGCCGCAGCCUCUCGGCCAUCGGGAGGAGGGUGCUCUCCAUCGAGUCCUUUGGAGCGUUUCAAGAUGUUGACGAGAGCACCUGGAGAGGGAGACUUGCUCCAAGAAGUGUGGGGCCCAAGCGGCAGCCCGGAGACCGAAGCGCUGACCCGCAGGCCCUGCCCGCCCCAGAGGGCCUGCCCCAGACCCCCGCCCGCACCGGCCCAGAGCACCCCGGGACUCCUCCCUCAAAGCCUCUCCUGUCAGCCCCUGUGAAAAACGGAGACAGCCACGGCCGGGAGGGGCUGGCCAGCCUCAUCCUGGACGCCCAGUGCCCCCUGGGUAACCUGGACAGAGGCUUCCUGGAGAGUCGCCGCCUGAGGAAAGUGCAGACGUUCCCCAGGCUCCUGCCCGAGGGCCCCGAGGCCAGCUCCCUCUGCCUGUCGCUGACCAGCGUGAAAAACCAGCUGCCCAUACCCGAAUUCCUCCCUCCAGACCCCAGGAAGGCCUUUCCGGAGGCGAGAAAUGGCCUUUCCAGCUUCAAGGCACAGCCCAAGUCCAGGCUGUGGCUGGAGCAGGAGCCUGAGCUCCAGUGGGAAGGGGCUCAAGGCGCAGGCCACGACGGGGACAGGGGGGCUGGGGCGCCCAGCCCUGCGGAGGAAAGCCCCCCACCCCAUCCCGAGGACCCUCGAGAGGCAGGCCAAGACCCCGGGAUUCCAGAGGCUGUUGAGGGGAUUCUGGAUGGGGCCGGGGAGCCCGGAAGUACAGCCACGGAGCAGGACGUCUCCCUGCAGGACCUCUUGUCCAAGCUGGGCCGGCCCUUCAGGGAGUACGAGCUGUGGGCUCUGUCACACGCCUGCCUCAGCACGCUGCGAACGCACACCCGGCACCCAGCCUGCCUGUGUCUGGACUCCGUGCUGGUGGCCGAGGACGGGGCUGUGCUCUUCGGGCCACCCCCAGCCAACGGCGCUUACAACGCGUUCUUUCUGGCUCCCGAGGUUGCAGAGCAAAACCUGGUGACUGAAAAGGCCUCAGUGUACUGUGUGGCCGCGGUCCUGUGGACAGCAGCCAAGUUCAGCGUCCCCCGAGACCACAAGCUGGCCCUGCCACGCAGGCUCAAGACCCUCCUCCUGGACAUGGCCAGACGCAGCGCCCAGGAGCGGCCGUCCGCAGCCGAGGCCAUCAAGACGUGCGGCACCCACCUCCUCCAGCGAGGCAUGGACAGCAGGAAGAUCUUGGCUCACCUGAGGGCAUCGACUUGCCAGGUUCACCAGGAGGAAGAGACCAUCAGUCUCCAGAACGCUUUCUCGGUGGUUGAACUGAACGCCAGCACGGCACCCACUCCCGGGCCCGGCACAGGCUUCAUGCGCGUUGGCGACACCAGGCUUGUCGCCAUGCAGGGGCCCAUGCCCUGUCAACCCUCCUGCUGCAAAGGGGCCACGUUGCUGCCAGAGGCGUUCACCUCCAUGGCCACCCACUUUAAGCCCAUUGUCCUGGCACCAGACGCAGGUGUGGCCAGGGACGCACUUGCCCUCUCCUCAGGGCUGGCCGAGGAGCCCGAGGAGAGGAGAGGCCAGCUGGAUGGGGAGGGCGAUGGGAAGCAGGCUCCUGAGGCCCACGGAGUGGCCACCAGCCUGAAGGCGACUGACCAGCCAGCACCCGGUCCCAGACCACAAGGAGCACCACCAGAACCCCUCAGAGACUCAGCCCAGGGGUGCCCCUGCCCCCCACCCCCUUCCCCCGCCAGCCCGCAGGAGGGGCCUUUGUUGACAAGCCCUGAACCUUCUGCCGCCGUCCCACCCCUGAAGGCACAGGUGCCACCCCCGGACCAAGGGCUGGACGAACUAGUCCCUCCUGGAGCCUGUUCUGGAGGCCUUGGGCCCUGCCCCCCAGGGCCCACCACCCAGCAUGGCCCGUGUCAGCCAGCCAAGCCGCCCAGGAUCAAGGCCACUGAGGGCCCCGGCCAGGAGCCCGAGGGCCCCCCACCAGCCCCACGGGGCCCCUGCCUUGCCACGGCGAGUCCAGACAACCCCAGGGGCACCCCUGUCAGGGAGCAGGAUGACCAGGCCCCACACGGUCACCCCGAGCAGCCCCAGCCAGCUGACUGCAAGCUCUGUGCAUCUAAUGUGGAUGCCUCACCCCUCCCAAAGGGGACGGGCUGCCUGUCGCUGCAAGAGGCCACACGUCUCAUCCAGGAGGAGUUCGCCUUUGACGGCUACCUGGACAAUGGGCUGGAGGCUCUGAUCAUGGGGGAGUAUAUUUACGCCUUGAAAGAUCUCACCUAUGCCACGUUCUGCGGGGCCAUUUCCGAGAAGUUUUGUGACCUCUACUGGGGGGAGAAGUUGCUGCAGAAUCUUUUCAAAGUGGUGAAUGGGAGGACGUCGCCCCCCGAGAACACUUCGGAAGAGGCUGGGUCACAGCCCGAGGGCAGUGGCAGGACCAGAGCUCCGCGUGGCUGCUCACCGUCCAGCAAAAGGCCCUCCCUGCGUGGAGCAGGAAUGGAGAAGCCGUCCUCCAGGCGCCUGGGCCGAGUCCCCUGUCCGCCCGCGGCACUGUCCGACGUGGACUCAGAGGAGCUGUCCCGGGGGAACUUCGAGGUGGGAUUCCGGCCUCAGAAGUCGGUGAGAGCCGAGAGGGAGCGGCAGCCAGAGGCCAGGGACCGGCAGCAGGGUGAGGGCCCAGAGCCGGCCGGCGGGGCCUCGGGCGUGGAGGCAGUGGCCCGGCUGGCCAGGCCCGAGGUGGGCGGCCCGGCCGAGUUCCAGAGCGGCAGCCCAGGCUGGGGUAGCGCCUUCUACGAGGCCGAGUGCUUUGGCCCCAACGUCUGCAGCUAUGUGAAGGAGCUGGCGAGGCAGAAGGCCGGCGGGGCCCCCGACGCUGACGCCCAGAACCCGGAGCUGGAGCAGCAGCUCGUGAUAGAGAAAAGAAACUACCGGAAGACUCUGAAGUUCUACCAGAAGCUCUCACAGAAGGAGAAGCGGAGUAAAGGCUCCGAGGUGAAGACCAUGUUGUCCAAAUUGAAAGGGCAGCUGGAAGAAAUGAAGGCCAAGGUCCAGUUCCUGGGACUGGUCAAGAAGUACCUCCAGGUCAUGUACGCAGAGCGGUGGGGCCUUGAGCCCUGCGCCCUGCCCGUGAUCGUGAACAUCGCGGCGGCCCACUGUGACACGCUGGACUUCAGCCCCCUGGACGAGUCCUCGUCCCUCAUCUUCUACAAUGUCAGCAAGCACCCGCAGGGCAGCAGACGGAAGAAGGCCCGCGUCCUGCAGGCCGGCACGCCACUGGGGCUCAUGGCGUACCUCUACUCCAGCGACGCCUUCCUGGAGGGUUACGUGCAGCAGUUCCUGUACACCUUCCGCUACUUCUGCACGCCCCAGGACUUCCUGCACUUCCUCCUCGACCGCAUCAGCAGCACCCUGUGCAGGGCCCACCAGGACCCCACCUCGACCUUCACCAAGAUCUACAAGCGGAGCUUCUGCCUCCUGCAGGCCUGGGUGGAAGACUGCUACACAGUGGACUUCAUGAGGAACACCGGGCUCCUGGGGAGGCUCGAGGACUUCAUCUCCUCCAAGAUCCUGCCCCUGGAUGGCUCUGCAGAGCACCUGUUGGGCCUCCUGGAAGUGGGCAUGGACCGGAGGGCCGAGGGUGCCCCACGAGGCACAGACCUGGAGGACCCCAAGGAGGCUGAGGAGGACACCAGACCCCUCAAUGCCCUCUGUAAGAGGCUCUCAGAAGAUGGAAUCUCCCGGAAGAGCUUCCCCUGGAGGCUGUCCCGCAGCAACGGGCUGGCACUGCCACACCACAAGGAGCGCCAGUACACCAUUGCAUCCGCCCUGCCCAAGCCCUGCUUCUUUGAGGACUUCUGCGGCCCCUAUGCCAAGGCCGGUGAGAAAGGGCCCUACUUCCUGACGGAGUACAGCACCCACCAGCUCUUCAGCCAGCUGACACUGAUGCAGCAGGAAUUGUUUCAAAAGUGCCAUCCUGUCCACUUCUUAAACUCACGAGCCCUGGGCGUCAUGGACAAAAGUGUGGCCAUUCCCAAAGCCAGCUCCUCCGAGUCUCUGUCGGCCAAAAGCUGCAGCUUAUUUCUUCCCAACUACGUCCAGGACAAGUACCUAUUACAGCUUUUAAGAAGUGCAGACGACGUCAGCACCUGGGUGGCUGCUGAAAUUGUGACCAGCCACACCUCCAAGUUGCAGGUGAAUUUGCUGUCCAAAUUUUUGCUGAUUGCGAAAUCCUGCUAUGAGCAGAGGAACUUUGCGACGGCCAUGCAGAUCCUGGGUGGCCUGGAGCACCUGGCCGUGAGGCAGUCCCCUGCCUGGAGAAUUUUACCCGCAAAGGUAGCGGAGGUCAUGGAGGAGCUGAAAGCUGUGGAGGUCUUCCUGAAGAGCGACAGCCUGUGUCUGAUGGAAGGGCGGCGCUUCCGGGCCCAGCCCACCCUGCCCUCAGCCCGCCUCCUGGCCAUGCACAUCCAGCAGCUGGAGACUGGUGGCUUCACCAUGACCAACGGGGCCCACAGGUGGAGCAAGCUCAGAAACAUAGCCAAGGUGGUGAGUCAGGUCCACGCAUUCCAGGAGAACCCCUACACCUUCGCCCCCGACCCCAAGCUGCAGUCUCACCUCAAGCAAAGAAUCGCCCGUUUCAGCGGAGCCGACAUUUCCAUUUUAGCAGCAGACAACAGGGCCAACUUCCACCAGAUCACCAGCGAGAAGCAUUCUCGGAAGAUUCAGGACAAGUUACGGAGAAUGAAAGCCACGUUCCAGUAGAUGGUGGGGGACGUGGGUCUGGGCGUGAAUUCCAAAGCAAGGACAGACCUGGGUAGAAAGGAGCCGCCUUCUUGCUGCUCCAGGCCCAAAAAGUCCGCACCAGGGCAGCAGCUGCUGCAUUAGACUAGGGACCCCAAACCACAGGAGAAGAGCCGGGGCCUCAGCCUGGGGCCAGGCCACACCAGGAGUGGGCGCCCGAGAUGGAGGCUCCCAGGGACUCACCGAGGGGGAGGGAGCGCUGGGCUCAGACCUGGACCUGAGAGGAGAGCACCAGUGGAGGUUGGGGUGUUUCUGCUAGAGUUUAAAAAUUAAAUUUAAAAC